AUGGUCCCCUGUACACGUCCUGUAUUUCAUCGCUCGCUACAUGGGAAGCAUGGUGUUCAUCCACGGAACGAUCUAUCAACUCUGGCUCUCAGGAGAUGUGUUCGAAAGAGUGUAGGUCUCGUCGCCUAUAUCGCCAUUCUCAUGAUUUUUCAUAUUUUUGAAACGUUAGGUAGCGGUGGGCUUGUCCAGAUGAUUCUGAGCAUGAUCUCGCUGUGGGCGAUGCAAGGUAUUAUUAUCAACCGACUGUGGUGCAUGUACCGUCGAUCACGGCUUGUCAUCACUCUCCUUAUGACUGCUCUGUUCGCGGAGGCGGCCUCCUCCAUUUUCGUAGUCGCUCUCAACUUCCGUCUGGAAACCAGGAUUACGGAGCUGAACUCCUACCGAGAUAUGUGCUUUCCGACAGGGUUUGACACACAUUUCUAUGUGUUCUGGAUUUUCAUCCUCGCGUUCGACGCUCUCAUCUUCACUCUGGCUUUCUUGGAAGCCAUCAAAUACAUCCGCGAAAGUCAGGCCCGCAGGGCCCUUCACCAGGGUAGCGAGAGAAGCUUCUUGAACUCUGACUCCUGGCCCUGGGUCUCGCGUCAUGGGAACUUCGUUCAAGUGCUGCUCCGCGACAGCAUUGUUUUCCCCUUCAUAACACUAGUGAGCUGUCUGCUCAAUAUUCUUGCAUGGUUUCAGGUAUUGCCCUAUGGCUGGCUGCAGAACACCUUGAAUUUGUCUGCGGUUUGCUCGCCUAUUCUCGGUUGCCGGCUUGUUCUCAACCUACGCGAGCUUUACUACGAACCAUUCGCUGCUGAAUUCCGCGUUUCAAAUCGGGGAGAGGUGCCCAACUCACCUCGGAGCCCGAUCGACAAUUCAUUCGAACUCCCAGUCGUAUUUGCGAAGUCUAGAACGCAGCAAUCGACGGACAUGGACAGCAUUUCCUAG